AAUACUGUAGUGGGUUGCCAUUUCCUUCUCCAGGGAAUCUUCCCCACCCAGGGAUCACACCCAAGUGCAUUGGUAGGCAGAUUCUUGACCACUGAACCAUGAGGGAAGCCCAGUGGUAAGAGUAUAAUCGACUAUAAUGCUGUAGUAGCAAGAUUCUAUUUAUACAUGUUAUAUGUUCUUAGUCAGACAGUUUUGAUUCUGAAGUUUUGCUAGGUCUACCCUGUCACAAAGAGUCGGACAUGACUGAGCGACUGAACUGAACUGAACUGAACCCUGUCGAAAGUCCAUCCCUUUCCAUGUUUACCAACUUGACCCUAACUCUAAAAAAGAAUAGACUGAUAUUUAAAAAUAAAUGUCUUCUGAGAUCCAAAUGUGGAUGUUGAUCAAGAAAUAAUUUCCAUGUCUUCAUUUCAAUAACUACAAAUUUUCGUGUCUUUUAUGAUUUCCAGUUCCAUACAUGUUCUGUACCUGUUGGCCUGCAUUAACUGUACUUCAUUUUCUUGUUGUAUCUCUUUGAUUUCUGAGAACUUUUUGCAUCUUUUCAUAUGGAAAAACUUAUUAUUCUUAAAUCCAUAAACAUUUAGUGGUUUCAGAUGCCAACAUAUCAUAAAAAGUAGAGUUAUAGAUACAUGAAAAAUUUCCAAUACAUCCAAAACCAAGGUGAAACUAGGUUCUAGGACUUUUUAAUCAGUAGAAAUUGAUAAGAGGCCAGACGCGAAAUUCAGGCAAGGCUUUAUUGGGACUUCUGUUGCAGCAGGAGGGAAUGAAAACAAGUAAAAUGUUCCCUUGCUUCUUCCCUGAGGGUCGAAGGAUGGGAACUUGUCCUCUUUAGGGGUGGGUCCACAGGUCAGGCCGGGGGUGAUGGGGGGCUCGCCCGUCCCGUUGGUGGUGCUGUGUAAGGUGGGUCCACAGGUCAGGCCGGGGGUGAUGGGGGGCUCGCCCGUCCCGUUGGUGGCGCUGUGUAAGGUGGGCCCACAGGUCAGGCCGGGGGUGAUGGGGGGCUCGCCCGUCCCGUUGGUGGCGCUGUGUAAGGUGGGCCCACAGGUCAGGCCGGGGGUGAUGGGGGGCUCGCCCGUCCCGUUGGUGGCGCUGUGUAAGGUGGGCCCACAGGUCAGGCCGGGGGUGAUGGGGGGCUCGCCCGUCCCGUUGGUGGCGCUGUGUAAGGUGGGCCCACAGGUCAGGCCGGGGGUGAUGGGGGGCUCGCCCGUCCCGGUGGUGGCGCUGUGUAAGGUGGGCCCACAGGUCAGGCCGGGGGUGAUGGGGGGCUCGCCCGUCCCGGUGGUGGCGCUGUGUAAGGUGGGCCCACAGGUCAGGCCGGGGGUGAUGGGGGGCUCGCCCGUCCCGUUGGUGGCGCUGUGUAAGGUGGGCCCACAGGUCAGGCCGGGGGUGAUGGGGGGCUCGCCCGUCCCGGUGGUGGCGCUGUGUACAGGCUUCGCUUGCAGUGCCCCGCUUGUGCUCCUGCCCCCUCAGAAGUGGGAGCUGGGUUUUUCAUCCUUUUUGUAUCUUCUUGUUCAUAAUUUGCCCCAUCUGUGAAUGCAUGCAGUUAUUUUUAAGGCCCUUUGGGUUUGUUUGUAUUUUGUUGUGUGAGGAGACACUGGUCCAGUUGCAGGCCCUGCAGCAAAAGAUCCCAGGUUCCAGCCUGUCUGAAAACCAGCUGUGGUUUGUAUAGCAGCUGUCUUUAAAGUAAUAUGUUGGUUUUUAAAAACUGAGAUAUUAUUGACAUAUAUAACAUUAUAUUUAGUUUCAUAUGUUCAAUAUAAUCUUUAUAGUAAUCUUGACAUUCUCUCUGCAUGCAUGGUGAAUCAAUUCAGUUGUGUCCGACUCUUUGUGACCCUGUGGAAUGUAGCCCACCAGGCUCUUCUGUCCAUGGGAUUCUCCAGGCAAAAAUCCUGGAGUGUGUUGCCUUUUCCUCCUCCAGGGUAUCUUCCCGACCCAGGUUCCCAGAUUGAACCUGCAUCUCUUAGGCCUACCUACAUUGGCCGGUGGGUUCUGUUUUUGUUUUAGUAUUCUACAUAAAAGAUCAUAUGGUAUUUCUCUUUCUCUGUCUGAUUCAUUUUACUUUGCACAAUGCCCUCAAGGGUGCAUCCAUGUUGUUGCAAAUAGAUUUCCUUCCUUUUUUAUGGUGAAUAUGUGUGUGUGUGUAUACACAUAUACCACAUUUUUUUAUCCGUACAUUCAUCAAUAGAUACUUAAGUUGUUUCCAUAUCUUGGCUAUUGAAAAUAAUGCUGCAGUGAGCUUGGGGUGCGUGUAUCUUUUUGAGUUGAUAUUUUCGUUUUCUUCAGACAUCAGAUAAGUAUCCAGAAGUGGAGUUGCUGUGUCAUAUGUUAGUUCUAGUUUUAAUUUUUUGAGAAAACUCCAUACUGUUUUCCACAGUAGCUGGACCAAUUUUCAUUUCCACCAUUCACCAACACUUGUUAUUUCUUGUCCUUUUGAUAAAAAAUGUUUGAUAGUAGCAUGGAGAGGUAGUCACCCUAAUAUGUUUAUCACUGGACCAUUUUUUGGCUUUCCCUUUUUUUCUUUCAAUUAUUUACUAACUACUAUAAAUGCUUAACUAAUUUUUUUAAAGUAAAUUUUUUUUUCAUAUUCUUGCCAGUUACUUUACUUUUAUUCCUAGACUACAUCCACAAGACCUCCGUCUUUUCCAUUACAUAUCCCUAUUUUUUUCUAGUUAAUCCUCUGUAUUUCAAGAUGUUCAGUAAUUUGUUAAAUUAAAGAUCAAUUGAUAUAAAGAAAGACUGACAUAGCCUGGUGAAAAUGGCUUACCCAACAAGAUCUAUUUGUUUAAAAUUAUGAGAAAGCAAUGUUUAAAUGGUUACAUGUUAAGGGAAACUCCUACUGACCUAAAUUUUGAAGUGUUUUAUGAUGGAGAAAAGUGGCACUUUUUUAAAAAAAUUGAACUAUAGUUGAUUUACAAUUCUGUUCUGGUUUUAGGUAUAUACAAAGUGAUUUGAUUAUAUGUUUAUAUAUAGUCAUUUAUUUAUAUUCUUUUCAGAUUCUUUUCCAUUAUGGUUUAUUACAAGGUACUGAAUAGAGUUCCCUGUGCUAUACGGUAGAUCUUUGUCGUUUAUCUGUUUUAUGUAUGGUGAUGUGUAUCUAUUAACCCUAUACUUCUCGUUUAUCACCCUCUUUCCCUUUGGUAACCGUACGUUUGUUUUCCACAUCUGUAAGUCUGUUUCUGUCUUGUAAAUAAGUUCAUUUGUAUUAUUUUUUAGAUUUCACAUAUAAGUGAUACAAUAUUAGUCUUUCUGACUUAAUUUACUUAGUAUGAUCAUCUCUAGCUCCUUCUGUGCUGCAAAUGGCAAUAAAAAAUGGCAUUCUUUAGUUUCAGUUUCUGUUAAUAUUGGCACAGAGAUUAAAAGCCUGGUGUUUAAUUCAAAAUUCAGGCUUUCUGUUUUAGAAUUUAUGGAGCGUUAUUUUCUGGCUGUCUUUGUUUUUUUGUUAUUGUUCUUUGUUUUUUGGUUUUUGUUGCUGUUGUUACCAUGGAAAAGAAUUUUCUCUGCUGAUUUUUGUGUGUGAUUUUAAGAGAGAUUUUCACAUAAUUUUUUCCCAAUAGAAAUUUAUAUUUAAAAGAGUUGUUUACAAUUAUUUCACUAUAAGGACUUCUCUUUUUCUAUCUGUCCUGAGUUCCUCCAUGCUAAUUUGGGGACAAUUUUGUCUGCCACAGUGCAUUUUAUUAAGUAGAGGAGCACUUCUUUUCCUUUUUUAAAAAAAAUCAAUCAGACACAUCUUAGUGCCCUUCAACCUAGCAAGUCACAUGGUAUUUCUAGCUGCCAGAACUGCUGACCAGAGGUCAUUGCUUGGAAGUGAAGGAAAAGGAAAUUGACCUUAUUAUUUCCUUUAUCAUAGACUAAAAAUAUACUGAAAUAAAUGCUAAUAGUACCUGUAAAACAUUCUUAUAACACUAGAAAUUAUGUUACUGAGUUCUGGUCUUUAUGUAUAUGUAUAUAUCCUUAAUAUUUUAAAAAUAAAAAGUUAAAAAAAAAGUUAACCUUGAAAAAAAUGAGAACUGUCCUCGUAGAGUGGUGUUUUUGAAGUUGUGGUAACAUACACGUAACAUAAAAUUGAGCAUCUUAACCAUUUUUAAGUGUAUAGUUCAGUUCAAUAUUGUUAUUCAACCAGUCUCCAGAUCUCUUUUCAUCUCGCAAACCUGAAGCUCACAAAAGUUAAAUAAAAUGUUGAUCUUUGGGGAGUAUUACAUGUCUUACUCCACAAAACAACCAAAAUGCUGUGUUUUAAAUAAACAAAUGCCAUUUAUUUUUCCAGUGUUAAUAGUUCAGUCUGUAAUCAUAGCAGGGUUAUAGGCAUUUCUUAUAUAGUCUCUUUUGUUUGGAUGUUAAUAUGUCUAUAAUUGUGAGAAAAAUAGGUAAAAGUAGAAAAAAAUUUUUUCUAAACUAUUCCUAAAUGUCCAAUUUUUAGAUAACCAAAAGUUGUGUAUAUUUGUACACAUUUCUCUAAUAUGUUACAGUAUAAGGUAUACUUAUUUGUCACCUGUUGCCAAUAAUACUUUUUGAGUAAGCCACCUCUGAGUUCACUGGCCUUAACAACAAGCAUUUUUUAUGAUCACCAUUCUUGAAGAUCUGCUGGAUUUGCCUGAUACAGGCUGCACUCAGGUCCAGGCUGUAGGGUCAGUUCAGGCCUUCGCUGUCUGGGGCUCAGGAUAAAGGGGCAGCAUUCUACUCAGAAUUGGCUAGUUGAUCACAGGGAGCUCAAAUAGAAUUGUCCAAGCAUAUUUUAGAUCUCUGUUAGUUUUAUAUAUUUGCCAACCUUCUGUUGUCCCAAGUAAGUCACGUGGCCAAAUUCAAUAUCAGCAGGUGGGGAAGUGCUUUCCAUCUACCAUGAGACCAUAGGAGAAUGUGGGUAUAUUUCUGUUACAGCAAAGAGAGACUUUUAGAAAGCAAGAAGAGUUACUUUCUAAACUUAAAAGGAAGAUUUCUUUAGCACCUAUCUUUUCCUAAUAAAUUCCUCACUCCUUUUAAAAUAAAAUCUGUUGUAUAUAAGAAUGGACAUCCAAAAAAACUUGCAAGUGGUAUAAAUCAAAAUUAUUUUCACUCUGCUAGCUUUUAAUACAGAUACUCCAGUUAGGUGAUUUUCUUCGUACUUUAAAAUAGCCUAUUAGUUACUGUAAAGAUCAAUACUUUUUAAAAAUUAGGUUCAUAUUUUUAAUUGAUGAUUCUUGAAGUGGAUCUGUCAGAGGAUUAAGAGUUACUAAACAAGUCACUCAUUUAAAGAGUAGUAUGUCUUGCUUUCCAAUUUGAUAGAAUACUAAGAUAUUUAUAAAAACAUAAAUUGUUUUUAUCUCACAGAGAUUAUGUGAUAAAUAUCUUUUGCUUUUGUUUGAAAACCUAGGUAGAGUUGGACUGAAACUACAACUUACAUUAUCCAGCAUUUCAUUAGUGCUUCUAAGCAGGACAGUUCAGUUCAGUUGCUCAGUCGUGUCCCACUCUUUGUGAUUCCAUGGACUGCAGCAUGCCAGGCUUCCCUGUCCAUCACCAACUCCCAGAGCUUGCUCAAACUCUG